CCUCCGUCUUCCAGAGAGUAUUGUUGCGUGGCCGUCAUAGCGCCGCAUUGAAUUCUCAGUACCAAUGCCACUGAUAAUCUUCACUUGGGCGGUGCACAUUCGAUGCAGUUCGCAUCACAUAAGUAGCGGUUCUCGUUCAAGCCAUUGUUGUAUGCAAAUCGUUUCAUUCGCGCGUAGGCGGCAAUAUCUUCCUGCUUAGGCCUGGUUCAAGUCCUCGUCUAGCGAUGUCACCUCGCCUCUCCAUCUUCGCAGUGGCCGCGCUGAGCUCGCUGCCAGGGCGGGGAGGCGGCGGUGCCGAAGCAGGCCGUUUCUUCUCCUGGGAGGACCAGGGGCCGCCGGGUGGCGCGUGGUCCAAGGGGCCGCCAGAGGCAGAAGCAGCGUGGGGCAAAGGCUCCGCGGCACGCCCCAGGGGGGCAGGCAGAGGUGGCGGGCCCAUCUCGGAGGGCUCUCGGACGACCUCCCCCGGCCUUUUGAGGAGCCUCCCGAGCCUGCUCCGCAGCUGCACAGGGCCCCUCGGCAGGCCGCAGGGCUCCCGAGGAGCUCCGCCGCCCUCGGAGAAGGCCUGCCCCCUCUCGCCCUCCCCCCCUCGGCGCGCCGCCGUCAGGCCCAGCGAGGAGCACGAGCGAGCCAGACAAGGUGGGAGGGGCGUGGGGCAGCGGCCCACCGAAGAGCAUCACCGAGCCGGCGCGCACGGGAGGAUCGUGGGCGAAGGGCCCGCCCAUCAGCGUGAGCGAGCCAGCCAAGCAAGAGCCCGCGCUCUCGAGGGGGAAGUCAAGCUUGAACGUGAUGACGUGGAACGUCGAGAACUUGAAGUCAGAUGGAGGGCCCCACCAGACUUGGAACGUACAUUACUGCCGCUCUUCGGCAGUUUGUCGCAACGUACAAGCCUGACGUCGUUUUGCUGCAGGAGGUCGAGAGCUGCGAUCUGGUGGCGCGCGCUUUGCCAGAUUGGUCGUGCGUUGGCAGCGUCGUCCCCGAGCACGUGGAGAGCAACUUGCCUAACGUUGUCCUCGGGAACGUCAUUCUGUAUAGCACCAGGCUGUUUAUCGGGUCGACACCGAAUAGGGUCCUCACAACCGGUUACAGGGAGGCUGCUCGGCGGACGGACAAGUCUGGAAAGAGCCUCUUCGACCACCACGGGGAGGAGUGCUCGUGGGCAGAGUACAAUGGCUGCAAGAAUCCUUUUGCCGAUAUGCCGAGUGCGACCUCGGUCAAGCUCUUCCUGCGCGACGGCGAGUGGGCCGCUGCAGUUCGGGACAUGUUCCCCGCGGGCCUCAGAGCCGUGAGCGUGCACCUCUUCGCAGGCGGGCGGCAUGGUGGCCUGUCAGAGGCAGGCAAGGCCCGCCGGCGCCGAUUUCAGCUGCGGUCUCUGAUGGCGCUCGUGGACCACUGGAACGCCCAAGACGCGGCGGGGAGCCGAGGCGCGAGCGUACCUGUCACGAUCUACGCUGGCGAUUUCAACACUCGCAGGAAGCACGAGCUUCAGGAGAUAGCCGCGCCUGCCGAAGAUUACGGGAUGCGGCUGUGGUGCCCUGCGGAUGGCGGCUGGUGCGACAACACGCUGUCGAAGCACAAGACCCACAAGGCUGGCACGCUGGACCAUGUGACCAUCGACGUUCGGCGGGAAUCCGCAGCAUCCGUGGGGAAGUCCUGGAGGCCUCGCGCGGCGCGCCACAGUUCUACGAUCUGGCCUGCACGUCCGCCCCGUCAGAUGUGGGACGAAGUCUGCGCGGCGAUGCGCCGACGUUCGCCUUCAACGCCCCGGGCCUUCCCGAGCUGCCCGUCCCGCGAAGCGGAGCGGCACGCUGUCUGCUCGCAAGGCACAGCGUGUCGCCAGGGCCACCACGGUGCGACGCUGAGCAAAAGCUCUUGGCCGCAAGUCCGACGCAAAAUUGCAACGUGAACCCUGCGUACAUCCGA